AACGGGUGUGAUUAUCAAUUAAUUUAUUAUUAAUUAAUAAUUACACCAUUGUUUUCUGCUUAUCAUCUCAAUCAUGCUAGCCACCUUAAAUAGUGGCUAGUGGUGGUGGAGUUCCCACUUCCAAGUUCCAACUACUAAAAAACCCAACCCUACCAAUUGAAGUAUUGAACCAACCAUAAAGAAAAAGAAGGAAGAAGGAAACAUGUUGCCAGCAACAGCAAGCAGCAGCAGGACUCCAUUUGUUGUUGCCGUCGCCGGGCUUCAUGAUGAUCAUCGUCGUCAUGUGGAGAACUACUCCGGCGGGUUUCCUUCACUAGGCCGUCUCUCCAAGAACCAGCUGAUGACUUCCUCCUCGUCGGUGAAACCCUCAUCACUCUCUUCACGCGUGGUUGUCCGGAGUGGCGGCGUUGACCCCGUGGCGGCGGCAACAGACGCCGUCGCUGCUCUCCCCGCGGGUGGGAUCUCCCUCCCCUUUGAUCUUCCUCACGAUUCCCAAUGGCAACUAUGGCUUCUAGGUGCGGUGGCGAGUUUCGCUAUACCAUUGGUAACCGGCAAGUUGGGCCCCCUGGGAAAGUUAUUCGAUAAGUUUGAUGCGGCGGUGGACACGGCGCAGGGAGUGGCGGACAUGGUGGACGACGUGGCGGAGAAGGUGGAGGAGGUGGUCGACGAUAUCGGCAACAGCCUUCCGGCGGGUGCUCUCAGAGACGCGCUCGAGUAUGUGGAGAAUUUGGCAGAUCAGACCGAAAAGGUUGCUGAAUAUACUGCCGAUCUUCUCGAUAAGGUAAAACCCUAGCUAGAAGGGGAAGGGGAAGUGCCGGCUACUAGAAAUCGAACACACGACCUUUACAAUGGGAAGUGUGCCGACUCAUCAGUUAGGUUAGCCCUGGUUGCAUAGAUAGGUAUAAUUAGUUGAUGCGAAUUUAACAAAAGAGUUGGGAAGUUUUCAUGCUUGCUCAAUGGAUUAUUGGAAAGGUCAACACCUACGAUUUAGAGAUCUCUGAUUGCAUCAACCCAAAGAAACUUCAACGAAAGCAACUUUAAUUGGUCUGGCUGGCUGACAAUAAUUAGUUGAUUAUAAAUAUUGUCCACUGGUAUAGGCCAGUGGAUAUUAUUGGUUACGAAUAUUAAUGACUCAAGUUAAUGUGUAUUGUGGUGGUGGGCAAAUUGAUUAAACUGGAUGGAUGCGUUUUGUAUGUUGCAGGUGGAAGAAGUGGGGGACAAGGUAGAAGAAUUUGCGGAGUCGACGAUCGCCAACAAACCCACUUCCACUACAACUGAGGUGGUUCCAGAGGAAGUGAAAGCUGAGAUCUAAUACAUUCUUGUUCAUUCUGCGGAACUAUUAGUUAGUAUAUAAAACUACAAGUCUUUUUUGUUUGCUUGUAUGUUGUAACUAAGGUUGUUAAACCUCUAUCGAACUUCCGGUUGUACCCAGUCUGACCUAAUGUAGGUUUCAAAACGGUCUCCAGAGAGCCCCGAUCCGACCGUUCAGCAGCGGA